UGAUCAGCUGAAGAUGCCGAGAUUUUCAGUCAAAUGGCGGUGGUUUGUGAAAGUGCUUCUGCCACAAGCUCAAUAUUGGUUCAUAAAUAUACGAUCACAUGUAAUAAUAUAGUAAUCCUAAAUAAUGUUUGGCUGCAAAAGUACUAAAAAAUACUCGAAACCUCGCAAUUAGUAUCGAGACUUUCAAGUACAACAAUUUACAAUAAAGUACGACAUGUUACCUGUGGCCGUGAAGGUGUGGAAAACGACAAUACAGGUGUGGCUGUGGCAGAAAACUCUUCAAAAUGAUCUUAUCAACGUUAGCUGUUGGUCUACUGGUCUUGUGCAGCAUUGUACCGAGAAGUGAUGCAAUCAAGUGUUACCAGUGUUCCACCGACGAAGACCCCGAUGGUAGAGAUCUUUGUGGUGCCUACGAAACAUUCGAUGCGGAGUCGCACAUUCCUGUUGACUGCUUCCAGGAGGAGUCCGUAACCCCAGGGACAUUCUGUGUGAAGGUUACAAAACAGUCUCCUCGCAUGUUUAUUUGGGACGGUCGAUGGCGUACUAUAAUCCGUCGUUGUUCUUCAGUGACUGAGAGUGGUGUGACCAACAUGUGCAACUGGGGAGUGGAUCCCAUUGGUGUAUAUUGGGAAGAAUGUUAUUGUACUUCUGAUGGCUGUAAUGGAUCAUCUGCCACUACAGCCAGUUUUCUGGUGGUUGUUACAGCUGUAAUAUCUCUGGUUUUUCUCAGGCAAUAACAGUUACGGUAACUUGUCAAAUUUCGUGGUUGUUGGAUAUUAUUUGCAUGUGAAGGAAAAUUUCAGAGUGCUGUUUGUUCACACUUAACAUUUGGAAGAAAAAUUUGUUGAGUAGACAAAUCAAUUGUCAUGUGAAUAAUUUCUGUUUACAGUUUUGUUACAAAACUAUUUUUGAUAUGUCAGUCAACCAACUAAUUCUACUACCUGUAUCUUGAAGCUUUAAAAUACCUGGAGAUUAAAUUAGUUUAUAUAUAGAUUCAUUAAGGACCGUUAGUCAAGAUUGCCCCAGACAGUAUUUUGGUGGAAUAGUAUUGAUUACUCAAUUACUUAUGAGUAGGUUUAAAAAGUAUUACUCCAGGCUUCGUGAUGUUGUGUAGAUAAUUUUUCUCAUCUUAACUGCAGUAUUGAAUUUCACGGGGAACCUCUCCAUGGUGAGGUGGCUUCUUCAUAAGGACCUCCAGGUUUCUUGGUAAACAUUUCUUUUUCACACCUCUCUCUAUCCCCUACUCUUUUUCCCAUUCAUAGAUAAGUAAGCAAUAACCUGGUUGGGCUUGGUAAUGAGUUUCCAAGGAUGAAAAUCAGGUGCAUUUUCCAAAAAAAUCUCUCCAUUCUGGGCAUGUGAACAAAUUUUCCUGGAGUUCCGAGUGAUUGCAUCAUGGUUCGACUCGUCCCCACAUGCCAGGUGUGUGGGUGGACUAGCUGUGUGCUUGGUUCAUAUAUUGCUGUCACUGUACAAGGUUGAUCUCUCGCUUGUUGCUGUUUUUGCAUAAAAUUAGUGUUGUGUAUGGUACUGUACAUUACUGUACCAGGUCACAACCAGCCAAGAAUACAGUGUUAAGACAAAAAAACGUGAUUACAGUUACAGUAGGUAUACCGUAGCUACUGUGCAUUCAGUAGAGUGUACAAGUAUGCUUACUGUAGGCUCAAGAUGACAGCAUCUUGUGGUGAGCACAGUAUACAGUACAGUAGUAGUAUACAGUACAAUGUUUUGUUUAUUUACAAUAUAUUGUACGUGUACGGUGGUGUUUGUAUAAAUAAAUACAGCUCUGUGUCUGUCCGUGUGAGAUGCGUAGUUUAGACUCAGAAAGUUCCAGUCUUGGCUGUGAUAUACAGGUCCAUUUCAAGUCUCACACACCCGUUACAUAUAAAAAAAUUUAAAUUUUUUUAAAUACUGUAUUUAUUUUUAACAAACUUAUAGAUAAACUAUUCAAGAUUAUUUUAAUAAAAAUUGGUGUUUCUAAAUUUGAACUACAUAAUUUUAUAUACUCCGGUAUAAACAUUUCUUGCGUUUUUUUUUUCAUAAAGAAUCGAGUCCCCGUCCUUAUAUUGUGUCAAAAUGCUAUGUUUAAGGAUUUUUUUUUAAAUAAUCUUAUGCAGAAUGUAUUACAUGUAGGAUCAUUAUGGUACCAAAUUCAUCUCGCUAACACCAUUAGAACAAAUGCUGUGAAUAAAAGUUUAUACACUUUCUUAUGCCAUAAAUUUUUUCCGGGGAUGAAAAAUUCAUUUUGGUACCCAGAAAUCUCUCAUUCCCAAAAGAGCUCUGCACCAAUUAUUCCAGCUAAUGUGGAUAUCACUUGUAUAUACCUUUCAUAUUUGGAAGGGAAAAAUUUUUUAGUGUCAGGUUCACAAUGGAAACUGAGUUGUUAACAAAAGAUGAAAUGCAUUUGAGUUGAGACUGGUGUUUGUAUACAGUAGUCAUGAUUAGUUAGUGGUGGUCACUACAGUUAAAAAUUUAUUUAUAGCAGAAGCAGCUUAUAUGAGCUUUAGGUAUACAGUGAUAUUUAUUAAUCCAAAUUUUGUGUUAGAAUGGCUGUAACAGGAGUCACUGUCACAAACAGGUAAGCUGAACAUUUCCAUUAUUGAAAGUUAAAAUACAGUACUGUACAUAGUUUGGUGUCAGGAGUCAUCAAAAUAAUGAACCUGCAACCUGUCAAACAUUGGAUUUUUUAAUCAUGAUGAUGCAAGAGUUUUAUGAUGGAGCAGAAGUUUUAUUAGAGGCAGCAGGUUUUUAAAUAUGGUAUAAAACUGUACCAUUUUGUUUUAAAUGUUUGUGAUGACUGAAACAUAUUUGUUACAAGGGCCGUCUUUCCAGGUCUGCUUCUGCUGUAUCGUCACAAACUUCCUAUUGAGUUUGGUUAGUAUAUUAUGCCUUCAUACACCGACGUGAUGGUUGUAAUACUAAUUUCGUUAGGCUCAUUAUUGCCGUAUCCUUGCACAAAAAUGCUGUAGGUUAUCACAUGUUAGAUUGAAUUUCACACAACAGUAGUUACAAGGCAGGUCUAGCUGAGCAGUCGUUGAGAGAGGUAAUGGUUACCUGGUUUUCAAGAAAUGAGUUUGAAAGCUGACCAGGAAGGUUAGGAGAAACAACUCGCCUCAGAUGUCAGUGUUGAUGGAGAGUUAUUUCGGAUAUUCCACCAGAGUCCUGCAGCUAUAGAUAAUUAAUGGGCUGAUUGAUAAUAUAUGUACAGGAUAUGUUUUUCAGUGCUACUGUGACUUGAUAUUUUACAACCAUUGGCCUCAUUGAGAAGUCUUCUGAGAGAGGAGAUGACAAUAUUGUUGGUGGAUGACAUAUUCUUAGAACCUUUAUGUCUGAUCUCUUGGAAAUGCUUGAGUGUUCUCAUCCAGUUUGUUCUAUAACAGAUGAUAGACUUCUUGAAUGUUUGGAGAUGAUAUAUAGAAUUUUUGGGAAUCUUGUGUGUUGACUUAAAGAUUUCUAUGAAAUGGGUUUUUUUUCUCAGUGUAUGGAUCUUCAUCUUUAAACAAAAGCCUCGGCAACAGUAUUAGGAAGUUUGUGUUGGUACAGUAUGAAUCUCUGUGCAGCUAGAUAUGUAGAUUCUCUCCAUCUGUGUGUGGGAUUGACAGCUUAUAUUACUAUGGUUCCUGGAACUGGGGGGAGCAAAUAGUUACAGUUCCAUCCGACCAUACAUCCGUCCCCUUUAACCAUUUGGAUAAAUAUUUGCACAAAGGGUUAAAGUUAAUAAGAUGUAUUAUAUACUAAAUUCAGGUUAAUUUAUCAAAGGUUAGGUUUAAGGACAGGGCUUGAGUGUUCGUUAAUUCUUUGGAGGAGUAUUAGUCGAGUUUUACUGACCUCUUGGGCAAGUGUGUGGUUGCUCGUUGGUGAUUCUUCUAGGAAGACAUAGUUUGGGAUAUAUUGACUUUUAUACAUAUAUCCUAAACUUCUGCAUGUGUACUUAACCCCUUCACUAUGGGAUGCUACUUUUAAUGUUUUAUUUGACUAAUGCCAGAUGAUUUUAAGUGCAGAGAGACACAAGGGGUUAAAGGAUUAGGCGUUUUAAUCCGUCAGUAAGUUCUCAGUGUGGUUGAUUGUAAACAUCAUUGGUGAGAAUAGUUGUGUCGACUGCAUUGUUUAAUUUGACAUUUUUAGUGUUGUUUAGAAAGGUGACAAAGUUGUAUAAACUACUGGAUAGCAUAUUUUUAUACGGUUGUCAUUACGACAAUUAUAGGCAGCAUUGACAUUGUUCUAUGCUGUGGAUUAUACAGUGUAGAAUCGGGGUCAAAAUUGUUUGAUCAUUGAUGUAGUAUAUUGGUUUUAUGGCCAAUGUACUUGUGUCAGCAUUAUAUGUUUAUUUUAAUUUCAUCAAGUCAAAAUUUUUUAUCUGGCAGUACUAUAUAUCAUUAGUUUUUAAUACUGUAUCGUGCAAGUUUACUUUACGUUAGAUAUUUUUAUUUGGUCACUGUGGUUCAUGCUGUAAUGAAAGUAACCCCUGUAACUCUUCAGGAAAUGAAAAGUCUUGGUUAUAAGGCUUGUUCAUAGAAGCAGCAUUUUUAAUGAUAUUUUCAAAUGCAAAUUUCACAGCAAUAACCAAGUGUGUUCUUGUAAUCUUUGAAUCUCAGUAGACACACAUAACUUUAUCUCCAGAACUGUGUAUAAAUUCUAGAUGUAAUUAAUAAAACCCCCAUAAUUCAUGCCCCUCAAAUUCAAAAUCACUCAUAAGCAGUAAUGGUUUGCUGUUCUCAAAUAUUACAAAUUUGGUAUUUGAUAAAAUUUUGGAUUAUGAGAGACAUUUACGAAUACGUAUGACGCACAUGUCACUGGGAUGCGACCACACACCUCAGUGUAAAUAAGUACUGUAUACGCAUGUUUGACCUGUCGUUCAGGGCCAGUUCAUGUGGGUCGGUCAUGGAGUGCACUUCUACUGAUUGUGCAAACUUUUUCCCUCUUGUCUUUCCAACAUUGCCCGGUGUUUGAGCCAUUAUGUCUGAUAACCCUGGACCAAGCACCUCAAAAGGAGCCUCUAAGAAGAAAGCUGUCAAGUUAAGAGGAAAACACAAGAGCUUAAACAUUCAAGAUAAUGUUUAAAUUUUGAUUGGGGCAGAUAACAGAAAGGUACCCCCACCCUCAGGAGGUGUCCCUCAUAUUUCGUAAAAUCUUAUAAUUCGUAAGGGCUAGAGCCCCUAUUAUUUUUAAUUGUGGGGGUUUUACUGUACGUACUUGUCUUUUGGAACUAACAUUACAGUAAUUUACUGUGAUUAUCAUAUAAGAAUCUCAUGUAAGAAAUUAAUCGUGUACUGUACCAAAAAAAAUGAUUCCGUCCUCUGGAGCCUUCCAUUUUUCUAUUUUGGUAUUAUAAUAAAUACACAAAUAUACAGAUAUUUUGAA